AUGGACGUUGACUCAAGCUCACCGGCAGUUGUGCUGCAAGCGCUGCGCCAGCGCGAGCAAAAGAUCCGGUCACGGAUCCUGGUGCUGGAGCAGGAGAUCUCCGAUCUGGAGAAGCGGUGCGGCGUGGAGGGCUCGGGCGAUGCUGCCAACAAAGUCACAGAAGCCGACCUAGAGGAAUUCAAGGCACCCGAGUGGUCGGUGCCGAUCCGCGCCAACGUCAUGAACUUUGAUUGGGAGAAGCUGGCGCAAGCAUGCCAGUUCGACGUCAUUCUGAUGGACCCACCAUGGCAGCUGGCAUCGCAGGCGCCGACGCGUGGAGUGGCCAUCGCGUAUCAGCAGCUGCCAGACGUGUGCAUUGAGUCGCUGCCAAUCGAUUUGCUGCAGACCAGCGGGUUCAUAUUCAUCUGGGUCAUCAACAACAAGUACACCAAGGCGUUCCAGCUCAUGAAGCAGUGGGGGUACAAGUACGUCGACGACAUUGCGUGGGUCAAGCAGACAGUCAACCGCCGCAUGGCCAAGGGGCAUGGGUACUACCUGCAGCAUGCAAAGGAGACGUGUCUGGUCGGCAAAAAGGGCCCUGAUCCGCCCAACCUCCGGAGAUCAGUUGCAUCGGACGUGAUCUUUUCGGAGCGCCGCGGCCAGAGCCAGAAGCCCGAGGAGCUGUACGAGAUCAUUGAGCAGCUGGUGCCGGGUGGCCGGUACCUGGAGAUUUUUGGGCGCAAAAACAACCUGCGCGACUACUGGGUCACGGUCGGCAACGAGCUGUAG